AAAUGAAUAUUAUCUCCAGGAUCUGAAGACUCUAAACGUUGCUCUUCAGACUUGUGAUGGAUAUUUCUGGAGAAAGGAAUCUGUGAAAUUAUGUGAAUAGAGAACAUUUUUCAAAAACCAUGGGGGAAAGAGGAAGAAGUCCAGAUAAUGAUCAAGAAAGUAAGGCAGACAAACAUUAUUACUCUAACUGUUCAUCUGAUUUUGAAACUACCCCACAGUCUUCUGGCCGGUCAUCGCUGGUCAAGUCCUCUUCACCUAAGAGUAUAAAGGGAAAAAAUCCUAAAAGACAGAUUUCGGAUAGCCAAGUACAUCACCAAGCCCCUAGGAAGCUAAGCCCUAAGGGUCCACCAAACAGAAAGGGAGUCCGAGUGGGAUUUCGCUCCCAGAGCCUUAAUAGGGAGCCACUUUGGAAAGAUACUGAUCUUGUUACAAAACGGGUUCUUUCUGCAAGACUGCUAAAAAUCAAUGAAUUGCAGAAUGAAGUAACUGAACUCCAGGUCAAGUUAGCUGAGCUGCUAAAAGAAAAUAAGGCUUUGAAAAGGCUUCAAUACAGACAGGAGAAAGCCCUGAAUAAGUUUGAAGAUACAGAAAAUGAAAUCUCACAACUUAUUGCUCGUCAUAACAAUGAGAUUACAGCACUCAAAGAACGCUUAAGAAAAUCUCAAGAGAAAGAACGGGCAACUGAAAAAAGAGUGAAAGAUACAGAAGAAGAACUAUAUAGGACAAAAUCUUCCUUACAGAAACUGAAAAAGAUCUCCGAAGCUAGACACCUACCUGAACGAGAUGAUUUGGCAAAGAAACUGGUUUCAGCAGAGUUAAAAUUAGAUGACACCGAGAGAAGAAUUAAGGAACUAUCCAAAAACCUUGAGCUGAGUACCAACAGUUUCCAGCGACAGUUGCUUGCUGAAAGGAAACGGGCAUGUGAGGCUCAUGAUGAAAAUAAAGUUCUUCAAAAGGAGCUGCAACAACUGUAUCACAAAUUAAAAGAAAAGGAGAGAGAACUGGAUAUAAAAAACAUAUAUUCUAAUCGUCUGCCAAAGUCUUCUCCAAAGAAAGAAAAAGAACUUAUAUCAAGAAAAAAUGCUGCCUGCCAAAGUGAUUUUAUAGACCAGUGUACAAAAGGAGUACAAACCAGUGACGACUUCGAGCUGGAAGGAUUUCCUGUAACACCGCAAACAGGACUGUGUUAUGAAAACAAAUGGGAAGAACCUGCACGUCUUACUUUGGACCUGGAAUUGCAGGAGAGAAGUGAGCAUGAAGAAGCAGGGAUGCUAAACCUAAUUGUGAAAAGAGAAGAAAAAUUUGUGAAGGAUCAAGGACUCCGUGUUGUAAAACAGGAGGUGGAGAAGCUGGAGGAUGAGUGGAAAAGAGAAGAACUUGCUACAAAGCAGAAAGACAAGAUAUCUUUGCUGGAGAGAGAAGAAAAGCCCGCAUUGGAAACUGGAAGAUACCAAAUGGAAACGUACCGAAUUCAGACUAUUGAUAAAUUGGAAGAAGAGGAAGAAGAAAGGCUGAAGAGAGAAAUGCUGCUUGCUAAACUGAAUGAAAUCAACAGAGAACUUCAAGAUUCUCAGAAUCUAAAAUGUCCUCCUCUGCCAUUGCUACCUGAUUGGGAAUCAAAACUGCACUCCCCAGAGAGAAGCCCCAAAACAUACGUGUUCUCUGAGUCCUCAGAGAGCAUGUUUAAUGGGCAUCAUUUCCAAGAUGUCAGCCUCUUCACUACAAAAGGAGAUGAUCAGAAUCCAGGAAGUAUUAGAAGCCUGGCCUCUCCAAAUGAGCUUGCAUUUGGCAGCUAUGUGCCUUCAUUUGCAAAGAAAACAUUUGCAAAAACGUCAAAUCCAUUUAGCCAAAAGAGUGGUCUUUUGGAUUUCCAAAGAAACAGUAUAGAGAAACCUGGUAAAGACCGUGUAGAUUUAAUUACAAGAAAAGAGAAAAAAGCUAAUCUGAUGGAACAGUUAUUUGGUGCCAGUGGCAGCAGCACCAUUUCUUCUAGAAGCAGUGACCCAAAUUCUCUGGCUGCCAACAAAGGAGACUUUGACUCUCUCAGUUUUCUCCCUGGGGAUAAGAGCAGCAGGGAUAGGGAAUGUGAUGAAAAUGACGACUUUUUCCUCAGCGAGGGAAGAAUUUUUCAUCCAAAUAGACCCCGAUUAAAACAUGCAAACAGUAAACCAGCAGUAAAAGUAGUUGAAUCUGUAGAAGAUGAAAUUGAAGAGGUAGUCCUGAGAUGACUGAUGACAGGAUACAUUUUUUCCAAUUUCCCUUCAGCUGCAGAGGAGUUGACGACCUUGGACUAUGAUUGGUCUUUAAGAAGCGGUAAUAUACCACCAACCGAGGAGAAAACACUGUUAAAAUGAAGAGUGAUGGAUAUUGUGUCAGGGGAAACAUAAGAAAAUGUAGAUUGACACUUAUUUUGAAGUAAGCUUUUUUUUCUCCAAAAUUUAGUAUGCAUUUGCUAAUAGUAUGAUUUCUGAUGCCAAGCAUGCGUACUGAUAGAUGAGGAGACCAGAGUUACUGUUUUAUCUUGGGUUCUUACAAAUGCUUAUUGUCGAAUAUAACUUCAUAACUAUUUGGCAAGGCUUACCUGGAUAGGUCUCUAAUGAAAAGAUAGGCUAUCUGUCAUCUUUUAAAUUGUGUUACUGUCAUUGAUUGGGAACAAUCUCCCAAAAGUGCUAAGCUACAUUAAAAAAAUUGUUUUAGUAAAGAGAUUUUAUGUCUGAUAUAAAUAAGCUUGUUGCAAAUCAUUCUAAUAUAUGUAAACCACAUUAUCGUAAUGCAGUUCUUGAUAAAAUAUUAUGUAAUGCUAAUUUUGUUCAUAGCUGCUACUUUUUCUGCCAAAAGUAUUCUGAUUUUUAGGUUGUUUUAAGAGGGUUUUUAAAAGCCUUUUAGUAAAGUUUUAUAUUGAGAUCAUUUUAAUUAAUGCCUUGCUUUUUUUUUCUACAUAAUAUUUUCUAGUCUCUUUCAUCAGGUAUAACAAGACAGGUUGUUAAAAUUAAACCUAAAAUUAAGUUAUAGACUUUGAAGCAUUAUGGUGUUAGGCAUUAGGAUUGGAGAUUAAAAUGUAUAGAACAGGUUUUUCUUUAUGAACAAACCUCAGAGUAAAUCAUGGUUUUUUUUUUAAAUGUCAAGUUAAGUUUGUUAUUUGUAUUCCGAACUCUUAACUAAAAACACAUGAUGGCUCUUUGUUUGAAUGAUGCCUUAGGUCACUCAGGAUAUUCAUGGUAGAAACAGGACCUGCAGUGUUAAUUUUUAUUUCUUUAUUCACCUUCUCCUCCCCCCUCCCCCGCAUCCAGUAUUUUUAAUUGAAGUAGAUGAAUUUGCCCUAAAUCAGGUUAGACAGUAUGCUAGUCUUAUCAGAUAAUUAUAGUUUUAAUUAAUCCUUUCACCCUUAAUAGCUAUCCUAAUGGCAUAUAUUGCUCAUAAUAUAAAAAAGGUGGGGGAAAGAAGGAUUAAAUUGAAUCAUAAAAUAAACUUAUUUCAUGGCUGA